CAGUUUGCCGACCAAAAGCAGGAGUUCAACAAGCGCCCGACCAAGAUCGGCCGCCGGUCGCUGUCCCGCUCCAUCUCGCAGUCGUCGACGGACAGCUACAGCUCAGCCGCCUCCUACACGGACAGCUCCGACGAUGAGACCUCUCCCCGGGACAAGCAGCAGAAGAACUCCAAGGGCAGCAGCGACUUCUGCGUGAAGAACAUCAAGCAGGCCGAGUUCGGGCGCCGCGAGAUCGAGAUCGCCGAGCAGGAAAUGCCGGCACUGAUGGCUCUGAGGAAGAGAGCUCAGGGGGAGAAGCCUCUGGCCGGGGCCAAGAUCGUGGGGUGCACUCACAUCACGGCACAGACGGCGGUGCUGAUGGAGACGCUGGGAGCGCUGGGGGCUCAGUGCCGCUGGGCCGCCUGCAACAUCUACUCCACCCUGAACGAGGUGGCGGCGGCCCUGGCCGAGAGCGGGUUCCCUGUGUUUGCCUGGAAGGGCGAAUCCGAGGACGAUUUCUGGUGGUGCAUCGACCGCUGCGUCAACGUCGAGGGCUGGCAGCCCAACAUGAUCCUGGACGACGGAGGAGAUCUCACCCACUGGAUCUACAAGAAGUACCCCAACAUGUUCAAGAAGAUCAAGGGCAUCGUGGAGGAGAGCGUGACCGGGGUGCACAGGCUGUACCAGCUCUCCAAGGCCGGAAAGCUCUGCGUGCCGGCCAUGAACGUUAACGACUCCGUCACCAAGCAGAAGUUUGACAACCUGUACUGCUGGAGGGAAUCCAUCCUGGAUGGCCUCAAGAGGACGACGGAUAUGAUGUUUGGAGGGAAGCAGGUGGUGGUUUGUGGGCUAGGGGAGGUGGGCAAGGGCUGCUGCGCCGCGCUCAAGGCCAUGGGCUCCAUCGUCUACGUCACCGAGAUCGACCCCAUCUGCGCCCUGCAGGCCUGCAUGGACGGGUUCCGGCUGGUGAAGCUCAAUGAAGUCAUCAGGCAGGUGGACAUCGUCAUCACCUGCACAGGGAACAAGAACGUGGUGACCAGGGAACAUCUGGACAGGAUGAAGAACAGCUGCAUCGUCUGCAACAUGGGGCACUCCAACACCGAGAUCGACGUGGCCAGCCUGCGCACGCCCGAGCUCACCUGGGAGCGGGUGAGGUCCCAGGUGGAUCACGUCAUCUGGCCCGACGGGAAGAGGAUCGUGCUGCUGGCAGAGGGCCGCCUGCUGAACCUGAGCUGCUCCACCGUGCCCACCUUCGUCCUGUCCAUCACGGCCACCACGCAGGCCCUGGCUCUCAUCGAGCUCUACAACGCGCCCGAGGGCCGCUACAAGCAGGACGUGUACUUGCUGCCGAAAAAGAUGGACGAGUACGUGGCCAGCCUGCACCUGCCCACCUUCGACGCGCACCUGACCGAGCUGACGGACGAGCAGGCCAAGUACCUGGGGCUCAACAAGAACGGACCCUUCAAACCCAACUACUACAGAUACUGAGUUCCCGCCGCCGCGUCCCGGAGAAUCGCGAGGAACAGCAACGACCGCCCGAGUCUUUCUCAACUACUGUACAGGAUGAAACCGCGCAAGCUUCCCACGCUAGAGCCGGGCUUGCUGCCAUAGUCGACAGUGUGUUUUAGGUUAUUUAUUUAUUAAAUUAGAAUACUGUUCACGUGGCCUCCGCCACUGGUGUUCGUCCUGCCGCGGGACUGGGAGACGCUGGAUUUUCUUUCCCUUCCUUUUCAUUCUUCUCUUUGGGUUCGUUCUUUUUCGGGGCUGGGAGGACGGGGGAGGCGAGGAGGAAGCUGCUGGAAUCGAGCCGUGGAAUGAUCCCUUACUUACCCCUGCUCGCCCCCGCGCUCGGCGGGACCCGGCCUGGGAGCCGCUUUUGGUUUCCUCCACGCGCCGGCGCUUCUCCAGCGGCGCCGGAUCCCGGCGAGCCGGGGACUCUCCGGCGCUUUGACGACAAAGCCAAAACCCUCCCUGGCUCCAGGCGCCUGGGGAACUGGAGAAGCCUCUCCGUGCGCCCCGGCGGUGCCCGGGGCCGUGCCCGGCCGGGGAACCUCGCCUUAGCUCUGCCCGGAGCUGCGCCCAAGGGCCGGGAACGGCGCCGAGCGCUCCCCUGGCCGCGGCCCCGCGGCGUUUUUCCUGCUGCUGUCGUUCCGAGUGCCAACCUCUCUGGAUCAACCAAAGUCGCGUUCCCGGCGGGGCCCGCGCUGCUGGAAGGGCCUCGCCCGCCGAUGCUGCUCGCGCGCCCGGCGGCUCUGCCCGCGCCCAGCGGAGCUCGCCGGCCGCCCGGCUGGGAGGACACGGGUCCUUCUCCGGCCGAAUUUCAGUCCUCGUUGGAAACCUUGGGAGUUUUGAUUUCCUGGUCCCUAUCUGUACGAAUCCGGAAAUCCCCUUUGGAAUGUACGAGACGUCCGCCCCGGGCUCCGCGCGAGGGGAGAGUCGGGCGUCGCCGAAACCCUUUUGGUCGCCUGGAAUCUCGGUGUGUCGGAGCUGAUGGAGAAUAAAUUUGCCAGAGUUCCCCGUUUUACCCCAGGAUGUGCCACCUGAGCAGAGGGACAGCGUGACCCUUCCCAAGGUGACCCACAGUCCCGUCACGAGGAGAAGGUGACCCUUCUGAAAUAAAAGUGCCCAGCCCCGUGAGCACAGGAGCCUUGGUCCUGCUCCCCGUUCGCUUCCCGAGUCUCUCAUGGCCUGCGGAUCCGUGUUUUGUCCUCCUGGGCUUCUUUGCCGCCACGGGGAACUCUUUUGUGGCAGCUCCUUCGCGCACAAGGAACGGAAAACGGAGGAAUUACGGCCUCGAGGCUUUUCCACAGCUCUCAGGAGGUUUGGAGUCAGGUUGGCCGCGAGCCGCUCAUCUCCAGAGCAAACGUUCCCAUGUGCCGGCUUGUCCCAGGUUUCUCUUUGACAUCUCUCAAAAUCAGGAAGAAAAACCUUGAAAGAACCUUGAGGAAACCUUGAGGAACCCUGGAGGAAACCUUGAGAAGACCUUGAAAUAAACCUUGAAGAGGCCUUGGGAAGGGCUCUGAGAAAGCCUUGAGGAGACCUUCGGGCUUUGAGAAGCUUCCACGUAGACGGAUCGCUGACCACCGACUCGAAACGAUCUCUGCUCGUUCGUUUUGCCCAGAUCCUGAGAUUUUUUUUUCGGGAAGAAUCCCCUGAGCUAUUUGAAACAUCCCACGCAGGUCUUUUCUCCCCGAGCUGGAUCCUGGUCUGUGCCAGCCCUCGCUGCUCUCUGGGGUCACUGGGGCAGAGCAGCUUUGGGAAGAACGGGAAUCCCAUCCCGAGCCAACCACAGCCACUUCCCCCUGGAAAAGCCCCUUUCAUCCCGACCCCUCUCAUCCCCAGAGCCGCGUCCUGCCCUGCGCCUGCUCUGCACAGCCCCGGAGCCCUCCCUGCCCUCUUUCAAUCCCCUUUUAUCUUCCAGGUAGAUAGGAAGGGGGGGGAAAAAAAAAAUAAAUAUAUAUAUAUAUAUUAAUACUAAAAUCCCACCUGGCUUUUCCCACCUCGAUUUUUAAAGCUCUUCUCCAUGUUCUGCUUCUCCUGUAAAAGCUUUUUUGGCUCGCUUGGCUUUUUUCCUAAUCAACCUGGAAUCAUAUCCUGUGAUCAUCUCUAAAUUAAACGUGUAAUGGGGUUUGGUUUCUUUUAUCUUCUUCUUCUUUUUUUUUUUUUUUUUUUUUUUUUUUAAUGUAACACAUUUUUCAAGACUUAGGAAAAAGGAGAUUUUAGGUAACACCAGCAAAAUCACAUAAAGGAAGUUAAUUCUGUUCUGAACUUUAAAGCUAAUAAGACGAAACUCGUUCAUCAGCAGUGAGGAAACGAAAACGUUGCAACCUUAACAUUUCAAAAAGGAUGUUUUAAAUAUUAAUGUCUGAGUGAUUGUAUUAGAUCAGCAAUAAAGACUCUGUAAUCUCAAAACACAAAUAAAACAUUGGAAAACUCA